CUUGCAGAUGCCGCAUCUUCUAAUAGAAGAUUGAAUGAGAUCAUCUUAUCACCUGAAUGAGUAUAGUUACUUGAUACACUGCAGUACAACUGUCAACAAUUGACAUGGAUGAUCAUAGCGUCGAACUGGACGAAGAGACUGAGUUCUACUGUACGUUACUUAUGUUUACCAAUGUCACAAAUACCGCUGAAAUACGUGAGAAACUCAUUGCUGGAAAACUUCAAUGUUGCAUUGUGAAAGUCGCGCUCGUAACCGACGCUUUUCAGGUGAUAGUGGCUGCCAAUAAAGCCGCCCUUAACGCUAAGCGAAAUCAACUGAUUACGAAGAAUAUAUAUACGGAAGUUUUAUUUACCAUGUCCAUGUCGAAGAACAUAUCUCGUUCUUUAAUCGAGUUUGGUAUUAGUGACAGUGAUAAAGAUAUCCUGGUGCUACUAAUAUACAAGCUCGAUGAGAAAGAAGCCGUGAUGAAGGAGAUCUUAAAAAGUAUCAAGGGAGAGAAAGUAUCCAUUUCAAGGCUACAAGAAUUUACAGAUGCGAAUCUAGUUAAAAAAACUUACAAGAUCAACGAUGAGGAACUGCAGAAUUCCAGUCUUCUUGAUGCUGUUGUCUCGAAGAUUAGUUGCAAGGAAUUUAUAUCAUCGAAGAAUUGAAAUGAACGAGGACAAAAGAGUCGACGACAUGUCGGUACAGAUUAAUUAUUAUUAACGAUAAGAGAAAUUUUAUUCGGAAUAUAAUUUAAGUAAACAAUGGAUAUGUAUAAUGUAUGUGAACAACCUACAUGCUUUAGUUCCUUUUUAUCAGUUAAUUAUGUACCCUGCACACAUAUGUAUAAUAAUAACCUGUUUUUUUUUUUGCGAAUCAUUUCGCAAGAU